GUGAUAUAAGCGGGCAAGUCCGCGCGUGCGCGUCCCGCGCCUCUUGGUCGUGGAGAGGCGUCACGCGGUCUCUUCUGCAAAUGGGCUCCGUGGCCUAGCGCCCCCGUCCCCGCCACCCCUGAUCUUGCGCCGAGGCCCGCGAGGGGUCGCCGCCGAGGUUUUCACCAGCUCACAGGCAAGAGCAUGGCAGCCAUCCCCUCCAGCGGCUCGCUCGUGGCCACCCACGACUAUUACCGGCGCCGCCUGGGUUCCACUUCCAGUAACAGCUCCUGUGGAAGUGCGGAGUGUCCUGGGGAAGCCAUCCCCCACCCCCCUGGUCUCCCCAAGGCUGACCCGGGUCACUGGUGGGCGAGCUUCUUUUUUGGGAAGUCCACUGCCCCAUUCAUGGCCACAGUGCUGGAGUCCCCAGAGCUCUCACCAUCUCUCCAGGGCUCCAGCAGCAUGAUCGCCUGUGACCUGGCUCGGGAAGCCACAAGGAAGCAGCCUGGUGGCCAGCCUAGCAAAGCCAACGCUGGGCCCCCAUCCUGAGUGGCCACCACCAGCCACAAGACUUCCAGAGGCGCUAGGCUCUUUUGAGCCCCCCACCCCCCAUCCCCCAUAGGCUAGGCAGGCCGCAGCAAGCAGAAGCAGUUGGGUUCUUUUCUAUCAAAACAGCAAAACACCAAAAAGGAACUUGAGAGCCUCGCUCUUUACUCUCCGAGCCACACGUGAGCCUGCUGCCAUCCCGUAACCGUGUGCCUUGCACCAAGUGGCAAAUAAACAAGCAGCCAGGUGGUGCAUGUGAA